AUUAUAAAAAACAGAGAAGCGAGGAAAGCCAAAUAGCUAACAAAAGCAAACCCCCAAAGCUCCACGCCCGUGAAUAAGUUCUUCCUUAAUUUCCUGUUGUUGGAAAAAAAAAGGAAGAAACGAAAGAUGAUCAAGGAGGAAAAUUAACAUAACCGAACGAUCUUCAAUCCACGAAACAACACGUCUGCGUUCUCUGAUUCUAUCAUUUCACCAUUCGAUUUGACCGGAAAAUUGUGUCUACGAUCGAUUUCAUGACUCUUAGACUGAUGAUAUGUCGCCGGCUUUGGUAGAUUUUCGAACUCCGACGACCACAUCACGAAUGCAAUCAACGAACCCUAACGCUUCUAAAGGUCAGAUCUCUUCUCCUUUCCUCUUUGGUUUUUCUUCGAACAAUUUGCAGAGGAAGUCAUCGGUUACGGAUUCUGAGACAAUGAACUCAUCGAGAGUUGGUCAUGGAGCAGCUUCCAGAAGUGGGAAUGCAAAUGAGGGUAAUAUCGAUAUCUUUUUUGCUUCCCCUUCUGUGUCUCGUGUUGCUUCUGGGAAGCCAUCGGUGACACCAUCAUCGGGUCUUUCGAAGCCUCGGUUUGUGAAGGUGAGGAAACACUUGGAUGCGCAGCAGGUGAGGGCGCCAUCUGUUUUUGAGAGUCGGGCCGAUUCGAAUUUCAAUCCAUUUCGUCCAGUUUCGGCUGGUUUGGAUCAAACUGAAAUGCAAGACCUGCGUGCUAAGGGGCAGAGCUGGAAUACCAUCUCCCCAGGUUCGGUUAAGAAAAAUGACGGUUCGAAUGCUUUUGGUGCUGCAAGUUCUACUGAUAUCAAGUUUGGGAAAUCCAACGAUGCGGGUUUUGUGUUUCGAACGAAUCGUACUUCGGUCUCGAAUUCAAAUGUAGGAAAGAGCGGGCUUGGUGAAAGUGUCGGCGAAUCACUUCUGGACGAGAGGAGGAAGUUGCACAUUGGAAGUGAAUCUGAGCAGAAGGGUUCUAAAGGUUCCACUUUUAGUUUUAGCGCAGGUGGGAGAGAAAGUUCAAGUUCAGGUGCAUUUGUAUUUGGAAGCAGUGGUAACAAAAGUUCUGAUUUCGAUGGAAACUCUCGGAAUGCCAACGAUGCAGAGAAGCCUAAAGAAGCCAAGGUUAGCUCUAAGGAUACUGUGGGGAACACUUUUGUAUUUGGAGGAAAUGGCAAUGGGGAAACCAUGGCAUCCGAAAUUCCAGAGAUAAAGGAGAAUCCUGCAAAUGCUGAUCCCAAACCUAAAGCAAAUGAUAAGCACACUUUUGUCUUUGGCAGUGGGAAGAGUACUGCAAGUUUUCCUGAUAGAAGCACCUCAGCGACUAUGCCUCCUGAUGAGAUGAAGAACCUCAACAUACAAGGCUCUGGGAAAGAUAAUGGUGUUGAGAAGACAAAAGGGACUUCUUUUAAUGCCAGAAACAAUAACAUUUUUGAUUUUGGGAGUAAUGAAAAGUCUGCUGAUGGUAGUGCAGAAAGUGUGCUGCCUGAGGAGAUGAGGAAGUUGAACAUUGGAGAUGGGAUGAGAGAUCCCACUGGUCAAAUGAAUGCAAGCUCUUCUUCUCGAAUAUUUGUAAAAGAGGCACAGCAUGUUCCUGCUGUUGAGAAUCCUAUUCCCAUGCCCGUCCCAUUUCAGACUGGAAUGCAGGGAAAAAAUUUAGGAGCUGGACAAGUUCCUUCAUACCAACCAAAUGAUGAGAAUGUUACCAGACUGGAUGGAGCUGGUGUGUCAUCAUCUUCAUUUUCAUCAACUGGCUCUGGUGAUCCAUCAGCAGGGAAUGUGUUUGGAAUGCCUUCCACAGAUAGAGCUGAGAAUAAGGGUGGGUUCAGUUUUACAAGCACAAGAGAUGGGUCAGGGACUCCAUAUAUGCAUUUCAGAACACCAAAACAGCAUUCUUUUGCUUCUACAGGCAAUCUAUUUUCUGAUGUAAAUCAGAAGUUGGAAUUCAGUGCAAAAAAAUGUGCAGUGAAGGAUCAAAGGUUAAAGCAAAGGAAGGGAAAGUUGAAGCAAUCUACCCCACUUAACCAUCGGGCUGGGCAUGAGCGUGUUUCUAGGGCGAAUAGUUUCCAAGCAAGUCCAGAAUCUCCCAGAUCUUAUUCACCCAUGGAUUUUUCUCCUUAUCAAGAACCUUUAGCAGGUGAUGAAGGUUCUAGAGAAACUUCCAUUGCAUCACAUGAGUCCUUCCCUAUUGACUAUAGCUCUGUGUCAACUGAUGCAAAUCAAACAGUCUCUACUGAUGCAACAGCUGAGGUGUUGGCUGCCGAAAGACAACACUUACAUAUUAAUGUUGGAUUGAAUGAGGAAGGUUUCAAGAACAGUAUUGAGAAAAAUGUUGGUGUUGAUCACCCUUCAGAUGAGUGCCUAUCUGGUUCAGAAACUGAUGGUUUUAGGUCCAAGUCAGAGAACAUUGAUGUGGAUAGCGAUGCUAGUGCUGCUACAGCAACAACUGAAACUAGCUUUAGCUCAAACAUGGAGAAACAAGAGAGUGAUGUAAGGAUACCUUUUACUUUUUCUUCAACUACAGAAGAUGCUGGUGAAACUAGUUUCACCUUUUCUGCAUCAUCAUCUUCACAAGGUCAUUUAUCAGCGGCAAAACGCCAUUACAGAAAAAAUCGAUCGAGGAUUGGUCUGGAUUCAUAUAGCUCUACACAAAACUCAAAACUUCAGAUGCCAUCUACAUCAUUGCAGUUUCUUGCGUUUGCUAGUAGUCCGUUGCUUUCAGUUUCAGGUGCUGGCCAGGGUCAGAAAGGAGAUUCAUCCACUUCUGAAAGCAAAGUGGAGAUUAGAUCUGAAACACAUAAAGAAUCAGAUAUCAAGCAAGGUUCAAUCUCCAUAGCUGCACCCCCUACUCAGGAGUCUUGUGAAAAGUGGCGAUUGAGGGGCAACCAGGCUUAUGCGAAUGGUCAAUUAACUAAAGCUGAGGAAUAUUACACAUGUGGCGUGAAUUGUAAUUCUUCAAAUGAGAUAUCUGGAAGCUGCCUCAAGGAUUUGGUGCUGUGUUAUAGCAAUCGUGCAGCAACAAGAAUGGCUCUUGGGAAGAUGAGAGAAGCACUAGAGGACUGUAAGACAGCUGCGGCAAUAGACCCCAAUUUUCUCAAGGUUCAAGUUAGAGCUGCAAAUUGUCAUCUUGCAUUGGGGGAGAUUGAAGAGGCAGCAAAAUAUUUCAAGAUUUGCUUGCAAUCAGGAACUGGUGUUUGCUUGGGCCGGAAACUUGUAAUUGAAGCUUCUGAUGGUUUGCAAAAGGCUCAGCAAGUGGUUCAGCAUAUUGAUCGCUCUAUUGAACUCUUGCGUCAAAGAACAUCAAGUGACGCGGAAAAGGUGUUGCAAAUUGUUGCAGAGGGUCUCUCGAUAAGUCCAUACUCUGAAAAAUUAGUUGCAAUAAAGGCGGAGGCUCUUUUCAUGCUAAGGAAGUAUGAUGUGGUGAUUCGGCUUUAUGAGCAAACACUUGAUUCUGCAGAAAGGAAUUCUUUGACAAUUAGUUCUGAUGACCAGUUAGAAAACAUUGAUGCCAGUUCUAAAGGCAAUAAAAGCUCUGCUGAGAAACUGUGGUUAUUGUACCUCAGCUUGAAAUCAUACUUCUAUCUAGGAAAGCUUGAGGAGGCUCUUGAUUUAUUUGAGAAACAAGAGAUUUUGGGAACUACUGUGGAAAAGGACAGAAGCAAGACUGUGGAAUCAUUAAUGACCUUAGCUGGUACUUUGCGUGAGCUAUUACGACACAAGGCUGCUGGGAAUGAAGAAUUUCUCUCAGGAAGGCAUUCAGAAGCAGUUGAACAUUAUUCUGCUGCUUUAUUAUGCAAUGUUGAGUCACGUCCUUUUGCUGCAAUCUGUAUUUGUAAUCGUGCUGCUGCAUAUCAAGCUUUAGGCCAGAUUACUGAUGCAAUUGCAGACUGCAGCCUAGCGAUUGCUCUUGAUGGAAAUUACCCAAAGGCAAUUUCUAGAAGAGCCACAUUACAUGAGAUGAUUAGAGAUUAUGGACAAGCAGUUAAUGAUCUUGAGAGGUAUAUUACUCUUCUUGAGAAGCAAUCAGAGGAUAGGGCUGGAGCAGCAGGUAAAUCAACUAGCAGUGUGAAUGACAUAAGACAAGCUUGUUUACGAAUUUCCACAAUGGAGGAAGAAGCCAAGAAAGGAAUUCCCUUAGAUAUGUACCUCAUCUUAGGAGUUGAACCAACUGCCACAGCAUCAGAUGUCAAGAAAGCCUACCGCAAAGCAGCACUUAGACAUCACCCAGACAAGGCUGGUCAAUUCUUGGCAAGAACCGAGAAUGGAGAUGAUGGUCGGUGGAAAGAAAUCGCUGAAGAGUUUCAUAAGGAUGUUGAUAGGCUUUUUAAAAUGAUUGGAGAGGCAUAUGCUGUACUGUCAGACUCCGCUAAGCGUUCUCGUUAUGAUCUUGAAGAGGAACUUAGGAAUUCCCAAAAGAAAGGCAGUGGACAUGGCACAAGAACUACAGAUGUUCACAACCAUCCAUUUGAAAGAAAUGCCAGCAGGCGCCAGUGGUCAGAAGCUUGGAAAUCAUAUGGGAGCUCAAAUCACCGUUGGUCAGAGGCAUCUCGAUCAAACAGGUACACUUGACAAUCACGUGUGAAGCAUGUUGGUAAUCACAAGGCCUUGGGUCAGGUUGUAUACUUGAUCCUUGAUACUUGAAGAUAUGCUAGAUGGCUACAUCAUAUGCCCGCUUAUUUCUUCCAAUGGAGUUUCAAAAGACGGAAAGUGACUACAUCAACCAAUGAAGGAGUGACUUCGUUGUAGGUGUAGUGUUUGCACAUGUUUGAAGAGCUCAAAAAAUUUUGAGCAUUGGAGGAUUUCAAAAGGUUGUUGAUCCUCCAAACAUCAGAGGAGGGAAAAGGUUUCCUGUUCUUCUGUGAUAUAUGUUAUAUGUAUAUACCCGGCUAUAUGUACAGCAUACAAGAGAAAUUUUGCCAUGAGAAGGAAAAGGAUGAAAGCCUCAGCCAUUUCCAAGUUCUGGCUAGAUGCUGACAAGAUUGGUUGGGAGUGUGAUACUAUGCUUGGGGAAGAAGGGCCCACAAGUAUAAUUACAUAUUAAUUAUAUUGUCUUAUAUUUUUAUCAUUUGUUUUUUGGGUUUUUCAGAUGUAUUGGAACAUUUAUAUGGGUGUUAAAAUCCUUUCUUGCUUUGGUAAGCAAGGAGGAUAGUAUUAUGGUUGUGAAGCAAUUGCUCACCUAUUUGGGUUGUGGCAGAUCCUUAUUUAUUGAAUGGAAAACAAGUCAAAAAAAGAAGAAA